UUCGAGUCAGCCCCCCCAAACCUCGACCGUUCAACCCACCGUUCACUCCAUGCCGGCGGCCCGCCCUUCGCCACCGCGCCGGGGCCCCGCGCUGCGGAACGGGCGGCGCUCCAAGGCCGAUGAUUAUAGCGAUGCCUACAGUGACUACUACAGCGACGAGUACACCCGAUCAGGACGCAGUUCCAGCGUCUCGAGCAGGACCUUCAGCAUUGGUGAUUUGAGUCGCUCCAGCUCUCGAAGGUCCAGUCGCCGCAGCGCCAAGGACGGCCGCCCCAGGAGCGUGGCGGGCAGUGAAGACUACCACGAGCUCAAGGACUACAUGAGACGUUCACCACCCCGACUUGGCCGUGUAAGCCGGCGGCCCAGCAGAUCAAGAAGGCGCGUGGAGAAGCCCAGGGCAAAGGAGAAGCCGUUGAAGCGCAAACGUGUGGAGUUACUGCCCAACAAGGCGGUCGAGAGCUCCACCAAUGAAGUGCAGCGGGUGCGCCUUGAAUGCCGACGCGCCAAGGAACUGGCGAGAAAGGCUCAGGCCGAGUGCCUUGAGGCCAAGGAGGAGUCGCGGCGCGCCAAGGAGGAGUCGGAGCGUGUCAAGGAGCAGAUUCGUGUGUGGACCACUCAACACUGGCAGGCCUCCGAGGAGAAUUGGGACGACGGGUGGGAGUCCGAAUGGCCACGCCCGGAUGAGGCCAAGUGGGGCCGCAGCCACCCGAAGGCUAGCUUGAUCAGUGCCCCGGAACGGCGGCGCACCAGUGAGAAGGCAGCUUGGUGGCACGGCGAGGCCUCCUGGGCCAGCCACGCCGAAGCGUGGGCCCGUGGAGAGGCCCGCGGCCUCAUGCCGCGGCCGACGCCGAAGCUGACGAACGCGGAGGUGAGGCACCGCGCCCAAUCGGGCCAGGCGCAGCCUGAAGGGGCCAAGGAGAUGAGGAUGCUGGUGAAGAACAUCAAGACGACGAAGCUGAGAAGGGAGUUCCAAAAACGCAUGAACGGCCACUUCGGUGGCUACAAGAAGGACCGCGACGAACGGCGGGCAGGGCGUGCUUCCAGGAAGACGACAGAUCCCUAUUCCGUCCUCUUCGCACACUUGUCCCGACGCGUUCCGGAGGAAUACCUGAAGUCGCUCUUCUCGGAGGUUGGUCAUGUCGAGAGCUUUGAGCUUUGGAAAGGACCGGAUGGCCAGUCCGUGGGCCGAGGCAAAGUGACCUAUAGCUCCACGGCCCACGCUGCAAUGGCGGUGAAGCAGCUGAGUGGUUGGUACGUGCAUGGCCGCACCAUGCGGGUCUGUUUAUGGCGUCCCGUGAGCGAGGAGUGCGGCGAAUAUUACCAGGAGAACAAGCCACCUGAGAAGCCAUGCUCGGUCACCUUCAGCAACUGCAAUGCUGUGAGCACGGAAGGUUUCCUCCGGUGGCUCUUCUCGAAGGCGGGCACGGUGCUGUGCUUUGCGCUGCAGCGCUCCGAUGACGGCAAGUCCUUGGGCUGGGGGAGUUGCACCUUCGAUUCCAAGUCCGCAGCGGAGAGAGCCGUGCAACGCUUCAAUGGCGCGUGGGUGGACAACCGGCAGAUCCAUCUGGAAGUUGAUUUGAAACCACCCAAGAGCUUCCGGCCCUGCGUCUUUUUCCACAACGUCUCCUGGACGACCAGCGCCUUUGAGCUUCGCAAGCGCUUGGAGCAAUAUGGCACUCUGGAGGAGUUUGAACUCCGAGUGAAGCCCAACGGUCGAUCGCUGGGCAUGGGCACUUGCCGGUUUUCCUCGACCAAAGAGGCCAAGGCUGCGAUCGCCGCCAUGGACGGUCAUAUGAUGAAGGGCCGCAGGCUCUACGUGUGUCGCUACGAUCCCAUUGGCGCCGGCCGGAUCCAGGCUCGCCGACCCUGGGAGAAUUGCCCACCCGAGGUGAAGGAAGAGAUUAAGAGCGAGGAUGAGGAGGAUGGUAAGAAGACGAACGCGACCGCGGCUUGAGGCGACCCUUUUCGGUCAAUGAGCGUGAAUCGUGGUGGAAGGUGUAGGAAUGGCCGGGGGAGCCAUCAUUGAUGGAGAACCAAUGGGCGUGUCUCAUUUUUUGAGCAACUCUUUUCUUGCUGCCUCCCUUGCAGCAAGUUUCUUUGGAGUUCAAGCCGCGCAGCCUUCACAGAUGCAGAUUUGGUCCACCUGGCUCAGGAGACAGUCUCUCGUAUCCUCCCAGGUUUUGAAGUCCACAUG